CAAGUGGAGAAAGGAAGAAGAGCCAAGAGGUGUCUCGUGAAGCUGCACUUCAAGUCACCAAACAUGGAAGGGAAAUCAUUGAUUAUUACUGCAUCAACAAACAAAAACACCCAACAAAAUGCCCACAAAUUCAUGGCUCUCUCUCUCUCUCUCUCUCCCUCUCUGUUUGCAUAUUCCAUUCAUUCAUUCCCUUACUUACUCCUCCUUUUAUAUAUAUUACGAGAUCCCAUCUCCCUCUCUUUUUCUUCUUCUUCUUCUUCCCCUCUCUUUCUGAAAAUCUCUCUUCCAUUUUAACUUUCGUCUUCCAUUCUUGUAGCCACCUGCUUUUGUAGCCAUUUUUCCCGGAAAAUAAGAGAUCAAUUCAACACUUGUUGUUUCCAUAAAGACAAGAAAAGAUCUUCUCCAGUUAUCACGCUUCUUUCUACACAACAACAAUUUUUGUUCCAGGGUACAAUGUCGCAUUCUGGCACUGAAAUGGCCGCCGACUCUUUGCCCGAUCGAUUUCACGGCUCUUGCAGUCUCGACGAUAACAAGCCCGAUUUCAGAGAGCUCGAUCUGGCUUCCUCCCUGUCGCCUCUGCCAUCUCGCCGCCGCUCGGACGGCGGCGCUGCCGCGGCGAACUGCGGCAGUAGCAACACUCAGUAUGUCAAGCGACCCAAUGGUAAUGCCUCCGGCGAGAUUUCUGGGUCUGAUACCGCUCGAUCCGCCACCACAAUUCGCAAUUCGAAGCCGGGUCACCGGAGAUCCAUGUCCAGCGGGUCGCCGCUGAUCUACUCCGGCUGGGGAAGCUACCACAACAGUAGCAGCACCACCAACAGCGGCGGCAGCACCACCAACAGCGGCGGCGCGUCUGGUGGCGGCGGCCCGAGUUCAGUAUCUUCGCCGAACACCGUCAUGUACCCGACCGGCAACAUUUUCCCGUCCGGCAAGAUUCUGAAAUCCAAUAUGGGUUGCCGUACUUCUACCCGAACCGACACAUUGGCCUCCGGCACCGGUAAGUACGGGCACGGCAACAUAAUACGCGGCGGCGGCGGCGGCGGCUCCGCUAAAGUGGAGCUUCCGUCAAAAUACUUGUCGGCAUCCGAUCCUGAGGAGGUGAAGAAGGCGGGGAAUGAUUUGUAUAGAAGAGGAAAUUUUGUGGAGGCCUUGGCUUUGUACGAUCGAGCUAUAUCGAUGUCGCCGGAGAACGCCGCUUACCGGAGCAACCGCGCGGCGGCGCUAACGAUGCUGAGGCGGGUGGGAGAGGCGGUGAGGGAGUGCGAGGAAGCUGUGAGGUUGGACCCUGGCUAUGGCAGAGCUCACCAAAGGCUGGCCUCUCUCUAUAUCAGGUUAGGGCAGGUUGAAAAUGCCCGUCAUCAUCUUUGUUUUCAAGGGCAACAGUCUGACAAAACUGAGUUGCAGAAAUUGCUUCAACUGGAGAAGCAUCUCAACCGAUGUGCUGAUGCCCGAAAGAUUGGCGACUGGAAGAGUGCGCUGAGAGAAUGCGAGGCAGCAAUGGUGGCUGGAGCAGAGUCUUCGCCGCAGUUAUUCGCUUGCAAAGCAGAAGCCUUCUUGAAGCUCUACCAACUCGAAAGUGCAGACUCAAGUCUAGCCGGCAUUACCAAGUUAGAACCCUAUCCUGCAUCGUGCUCGCAAACAAAGUUCUUUGGCAUGUCCUCUGAAGCUUAUGUUCUCUAUGUCCAAUCCCUGGUCGAUAUGGCCUUUGGAAGGUUUGAGAAUGCAAUCGCAGCAGCAGAGAAGGCCGGGAAGAUUGACUAUGGUAACAUGGAAGUUGCCAUGUUACUGAACAAUGUGAAAUCGGUGACAAGAGCUCGUUCUCGUGGUAAAGAUCUUUUCGAUUCUGGAAGAUUUGCCGAAGCCUGCUCGGCUUAUGGAGAAGGCCUCCAAUACGACUUGUCCAACUCUGUACUAUAUUGCAACAGAGCUGUUUGUUGGUCUAAGCUUGGGCUGUGGGAGCAAUCUGUUGAGGACUGCAACCAAGCUCUCAAGAUCCAACCAAACUACACCAAAGCCCUUCUCAGGAGGGCUGCUUCUAAUUCAAAGCUUGAAAGAUGGUCAGAAGCUGCGAGAGAUUAUGAGGUCUUGAGGAGGGAACUACCGGGGGACAGUGAGGUUGCUGAAUCGCUACUUCGUGCUCAAGUUGCAUUGAAGAAAUCUGGACAGGAGGAGGAGGAAGCUCCCCACGCCAAGUGUAGCGGUGAAGUGGACGAGGUUUCUAAUCUCGAUCGUUUUAAAGCUGCAAUAUCUUCGCCUGGCUUUUCAAUUGUUCAUUUUAAGGCAGCAUCCAAUCAACAAUGCCAGCAAAUAUCUUCAUUUAUCAACUCACUUUCUUCUCAAUAUCCAUCCAUUCAUUUCUUCAAGGUGGAUGUGGAAGAGAGCCCGGGGAUCGCAAAAGCCGAGGGCGUUCGGACCGUCCCCACGUUCAACAUCUACAAGAACGGGAGCAAGGCGAGAGAGAUGGUCUGCCCCAGCCGUCAAGCCUUGGAGUCCAUGGUAAGGCAAUACGACAGUCCGUAAAACGAAGACAAAAGACUAGCUACGAUUUUCAUGUCUUGAAGAUGCUUGGCCAAUUGCCACCCACACAGUGAAUUACUCAGAAAAGAGAAGUAGAAGUCAAAAAAAAAUGUAAACUAACUUGAGCUAUUUCUUGACACUUUGAAUUCAAUUCUUGGCUCCAUUUUUGGGAAAGCCCCUUGCCCUGGUGUGUAGAUAAGAGACAGAGAUGAUGAAUGCGAAGCACCAUUUAUCCAACAAAUUCAAGAAA